AUGGGCACUCGCCCCGCCUUGCGACCGGCAAGAUGGCGCCCGCGGCCUCCCCUCCGGCCGGCCGCCAGGGCGCGUGCGCGGCCUCUGGGCACAUGCGCGGUGAGGGCGGCGUGGCGGCGCCUGCGCGCUGUGGUGCGGCGCGGGGUGGGGGGGGGCGGGACGCGGGCUCAGGCGCCGCGCGCCGCGGGCGCGGCGGGCUCGGUUACCGGCGCCCUGCGGGCCAGCCCCGCCGCCGCUCCCUCCUCCUCCGCCUCCUCCUCCGCCUCCUCCUCCUCCUCGCCGCCGCAGCUGGCGCUGCUCGUGAUGCAGCCGUGCGGCGGCGAGGAGGCGGCGGCGGCGGCGGGGGGGGUGGCGGCGGGGGGGGUGCUGCCGCUCCCGGGCGCCGACCCGCCGCUGCCGCCCUCCGGUAGCGGCGGCCUCAUGUUAUUCUACGAGCUGGGGGGCCCCGGCGACGGCGAGGUCGAGGCGGGGGAGGACGCCGAGGCGGCGGGCGGCGAGAGUACGGCCAGCCCGGAGGAGCUGGAGGAGGAGGAGGCGACGGCGGCGGCUUCGAGCGGCGAAACGGCGGCGGCGGCGGCGGCGGGCGGCGGCUGCAAGAGCUGCACCUACCAGGGCUGCAGCGAGACCACCACGCAGGUGGUGAAGCAGCGCAAGCCCUGGAUGUGCAAGCGCCACCGCAACAAGAUUUACAAGGACAAGUACAAGCGCAAGAAGAGCGACCAGGCCCUGGGGGGCGGCGGGGCGGCCGCCGCGGGGGGCGGCCCGCGGGCCGAGGAUAGUGUUGAAGGUUCAGUUUCUGUUACAAAACAGAGAACAGGAUCCAUUGGAGAUCGCCCAGCAAGACCUACUCUUUUAGAACAAGUAUUGAAUAAAAAGAGGCUGUCCCUACUCAGAAGUCCAGAAGUAGUACAGUUUCUACAGAAACAACAGCAACUGUUAAGUCAGCAGGCUCUGGAACAAAGGCAGCAACAGUUUCAAGGAGCACCUGGGUGAUCAGAACAGAUCAAUGACCUGCAGAUGAGUCUGGUGCUGAAGGAGGAAUAGGAAGUAUAUUUUAUAUAAAUACAAAGAAUCUCAGUGUUUAAAGGAAAACUAAAGUUGCUGCUGUUACAUUUUUUUACUUGUUUCUUGUUUGCACUUUUGAGGUUUUGAGCUGCUUGGGUGUCUGCAAACUUGUGAGCAAAUCUGGAGGAGUCUGUUUUUUGAUUCUUUUUAAAACUUCAUUUUAAUGUUUAAUUAUUUCUUUAUAUUAGUAAUGUUUAGCUGUAUACCCUUUUCCUACCAAAGUCUUCCACUAAAUUAGCAUUUUUCUAUAUAAGGAUUUACUGUUAAACAAGUCACUCUUUGAUGACAAUCAUUGAAGGAUGUCAGUUACUUUCUAUGGAAGUUGUGAAAUAAAGUCCUGAAUUGGAGCCAGUCCAGUGGCAUGACCUAACAGCAGUUGCUCAGGGAUAUGAGAAACGUAUGUCCAGUAGAAUCUUGCACUACAGGCAAAGACAGCAUGCCAUCAAGAAGUCGAUCCAGUGGCUCGGAAAAGUACACAUCAGGUGAUCCUCCUGCUAUACAUUCAUUAUCUGCAAGUUGAGUAGGUUUGAAAUGCUUCAUUGUCUGUGCAAAGCAUGUAAAAUAAUUUGUGUUUAAAAGUUCCAAAAGAGAUAAAUGGCAAAAAGCUUUAGAGAAGAAUUAGGUGGCACAUAUGCAACUGAGAGUUGGACCUUGUUUUGUGGAGUUAUUUGUAAGGGCCAACCUCUUAUACGUGAAAUACAACUUAAUUACAGGUGAGAAUAUCACUCAUUUUUAAGUAACUAAAAUUUUAAAGCUUUUAACUCCUAAUAGCAAAUGCAUCCAAAAACUAAAAUGUAAUUGUGCAUUUUUUCCUUUAUGUAGUCUUUUUCUUCUAAAAAAAAAAAGUAUAGUUAAAAUUCUUUUAUUAAGACAACUGAUAUCUCAUCAGCUCUAGUGCUACACUUUCCAGGUUUUCAGCCAAUUCAGAUGAACUUGCAAUUGAUUGGGUUAAGAAUCCAAACACUAUAUUAUGUAAGUGUUGAAUCCCAUGUUUUGUUUUUAAAACAAAGUUUUGUAUUAACCUCCAUUCAGAAAUGUGGUUUAUCUGAAUUGUGUAGGUGCUUAUUAAAGUACUACUUUGAUAUUGCAGCAGUUUGAUCCACUAAAUAAUAUCUCUUCAGGAGUAUUUGUUAGUCUUAUGAAUUUUUACAAGCUGUGCUUUGUGUAUGUAUAGAACUUGUUCAGUAGGGAUUUAUUGUAUUUAGCAUUGUGCAAGUUGUUCUUUAAAAAAGAAAUUGAAAAACUUUGUAUUAACAGUUCUGGACCAAUAAGUGUUUGAAUAAAAUCUUUGUUUUUCUUUAAAAA